AUGGAACUCCACUACAUAAACACUGGAUUUCCGUACACUGUUACCGAGAGCUUCAUGGAUUUCUUUGAAGGUCUCACCUAUGCUCAUGCUGACUUUGCUCUUACGGAUGGCUUUCAGGAUCAGGGUCAUCCAUACUGGGCAAUGAUGCAUACGAAUUCGUACAAGUAUGGAUAUUCUGCUCCUGGGAACUAUUACAGUUACGCCCAUGUCUAUGACAUAGAUGAUUACAUGCAUAGAGCAGAUGGUGGGCGCAGAAUAUGGGAUAACACUACACCUGUAAACAAUGUGGACUCUGCCAAUGUUGUACUGCAGGGUGGUGAAGCUUCCCAUACAACUGCAAAUUCUACUACCGAGGAAUUUUAUCACAAUCACUUCCUUGCAAUUAAUGUUGUUUGGCAAGAUAACAUUGACCCUGACAAUAUGACAUAUGAGGUUAGUGACUUCCCUGCACCAAUCUUUUGUCCAUGUUCUCAUGCUGGUUAUCUCAGGUAA